CCAACGUUAGCUUUCAAAAAUUGUUUUUGUAUCUUUGUUGAUCAGCAGUGCAAAAUUAAAGGUGAAUUUUGUUUUAAAUUUUCAAAUUUUGAUAAGAACUUGGGUCGCCAAAGAUUUUUUAUCUCUUCGUCUCGUGUUUGCCGUCUCCGAAAAGUUUCAUGAUUGAUUUCAUCAUCUUUUUCGUUUUCAAUUUUUGGGAAAUCUGAGCCUGAAAUGCUCUAUCUGCAUGGUGAUUGUGAUCCUCUAUUAGUGCGAAUGUUCGGCAUACAAAUGUCAUCUCUGUGACUACAGAAAGUAUCGAGACAGUUUCCCUGAAUCAGCAAGUGUGCCUUUCAGCCUCGUAGAAUUUCAAUCGUAUGAAUCUGGUUUAAGCUGUCAUGGGGAACAAGAGAUAUUUAAUCUAUUUCUCAUACAUCGGAACGAUGUUCAAGGGCGUUCAGCGUCAAAUAAACAGAAAUUUAGAAGCAAAUGUCGAUCCAUCUACAGUUCAAGGAUUAUUAGAAUUCGCACUAUGUCGAUUGAGACCCAAGAAUGAUGUUGUACUCUACCUAUCCAGUCGUACUGAUCAAGGUGUACACGCUCUGAAAACAGCAGCUGCUGUAGAUUUAGAAUUCAAUCAUGACAUACAACCGCUAUACAUACAUAAUUAUCUCAAUGGAUUUUUCGAUGAAGCCGACUUAGAUAUUAGAGUUCUAGAUGUAUUACAAGUUUCCAAAGACUUCAAUCCUAGAAGAUUACCUCUUUGGAGAAAGUAUAUUUAUAGAUUUGCUACGAUCAAGCCGGAUUCUGGGAUACCACAGCAUUUGAUCCAGAAAAAGUUGCUUCCAAUUCCAAUAACAGAGAAUCACCGAUGUUAUUUUGUUCCGAGUUCCCUACUUGACUUGGACGCUCUUCACAAAGCUUCGGAAUUAUUUAUUGGGACAAAAGAUUUUGUUUCAUUUAUGGGCAGAGGAGUAGCUGUUCCUGAAGAUUUUGUAACCAUCCGGAGAAUUAAUCGGUUAUACGUCGAACCUGCCCAGCCUUUUGUUCCAAGUCCUUUGAACGAUUAUUAUAAUUACUGGCACUGUGUUUGCGAAGGAAAAUCAUUUUUAUACAAACAGAUACGGAAGACGGUGGGCGUGUUAUUGGCGGUAGCACAACAUAAAUUAUCUAUGAGUACAGUUCAAAAAAUGAUUGAAGACCCGUCACCUUUGUCGUAUCCAAAAAGCCUUUCUGUAGCUCCUAGUCAUGGCUUAUAUCUAGCAGAUGUUUUCUACGAUCCCAAAGAUCUUGAAAUACCUGCUGACGAAAUGGAACAAAAAGAACCGAAACAAGAAGAGAGUGAUGGCAUAGAUGAAAACAUGGAUCCGUUGGAGAGAAAUAAAUUAUUAAUUAAAAAACGACUAGAAAAAUACAAAGAAAAUAAGAAAGCGCUGACAGCUGAGCAAUAAUAAUAGACCAAUGGUGACUCGUUUUUAUAUUGAAUUAUGUUAGAAAAUAAACUUUCGUUUUAGUUA